GCGGCCGGCUCGGAGCCCGGCAGCGCCCGUGGCGGUGCCUGCGUUCUUCCUCGGCAGCGGCGGAGGCAGCCAUGAAGUCGCUGUGCCUCGUCACCGUGGGGGUCCUGGCCAUGACGCUGCUCAUCGCCAGCAUCUCCUUGCUGGUAGCGCACGUCUUCCAGACAGUGGUGGACCUGCAGGUGAAGCAGGGAACAGUAUUGAAAAAUGGCACAGAAACCUUUGAAGCCUGGGAGGAUCCUCCUCCACCAGUCUACAUGCAGUUCUACUUUUUUAAUGUGACGAACCCUUUAGAAGUGCUGCAAGGUGAUACUCCUCUUGUAGAGGAAAUAGGGCCAUACACCUACCGAGAAUACAGGCCAAGAGUACACGUUCAGUUUUUGGACAAUGGUACCAAAGUAUCUGCUCUGAAUCCAAAGACAUAUGUAUUUGAACCUCAGAAGUCAGUUGGAGACCCUGAAGUGGACCUGAUUAGAACAGUUAAUAUUCCUGCAGUGACUGCAAUGGAGUGGACCAGGUCAACACCUCUUCAAUUUGCCACAGAGGUGCUGCUGCUUCUGUACCAAGAAUCCCUGUUCACAGUUCAUACUGUUCAUGAAUUACUGUGGGGCUACAAAGACAGGCUCCUGUCAGCCGUUCAUAUUUUGCAUCCUGAGAUCGAUCCAGUAUUUGGUCUCUUUAAUAAGAUGAAUGGAACUGAUGAUGGAGAAUACGUCUUUCUAAGUGGGGAAACAAGCUACCUUAACUUCUCAAGGAUUGUGGAAUGGAAAGGAAAAGACUCAUUGAGUUGGUGGACAACAGAGGGGUGUAACAUGAUCAAUGGAACAGAUGGGACAUCCUUUCACCCGCUGAUUAGCAAAGAUGAGAACAUUUAUAUCUUUUCUUCUGAUUUCUGCAGAUCUCUUUACCUGGUGUAUGACAGCUCGGGAACAGUUGGAGGUAUCCCAACCUUCCGCUUUGUGCCCUCUGCUAUGGUGUUUGCCAACACAACAGUUAACCCUGACAAUGCUGGAUUCUGCGUGCCACCAGGAAACUGCCCUGGCACUGGUGUCCUCAAUGUCAGCAUCUGCAAGCAAGGCGCUCCAAUAUUUCUAUCAGCUCCACAUUUUUAUCAAGCAGAUAGAAAGUUUAUAGAAGACAUUGAGGGCAUGCAUCCAAAAAAGGAAUAUCAUGAGACGUUUUUGGACAUCAAUCCUCUGACAGGGCUUGUCCUUCAAGCAGCCAAGCGGAUGCAAAUCAAUGUUCACGUCAGAAAACUACCUGAAUUUUUUGAAACAGGAAACAUCCGAACACUAAUCUUCCCAGUGAUGUAUAUAAAUGAGAGUGUUUUGAUUGAUGACGUGUCUGCCAGCAAACUCAAGCAUGUCCUGCUGGAAGCCAGCGUUGUAACUGGAAUCCCUUUUGUAAUCAUGACUCUAGGAAUUGUUUUUGGUAUUAUUUUUAUUGUACUUGUGUGCAAGUCCCGAGGAGUAAGUGAAGAGGGAAAUGAAGUUUUAAUAGACUCAGAAUAAACACACCAAAGCAAAGGAAUGAAGCUAAAAUAAGAAAUGUGAGUACUGAAGAUGAAAGGUCCCCACUCAUCAGGACCUCGUAGUAGAUUUUCUUUAACAUGUGAGCUUGGAGAAUAAACUAUUAGAGCUGACCUAAUACCAACUACCACUACCUGGCAUUGUCCACUGUGGAGAACAUGAUCAACUAUAACUUUUUGUGUUACGGAGAUGGGAGAGAAUCUGCACUGUUAUCAAUGGAGGAGACUUUUCUUAGCAGCUAAGUUACAACUUUAAAACUACAUUUUAAAACUGCUUGAGAUCCUGCUUUUUUUCAGCCCGCACUCUCUUUGUACUUGCACUGACAGCCGUAGACGACCACAACCACUAUAUCAGCGAAAACACAAUGGCCUGAUUCAUUAAAGGAAUGACACGGGUAACAUUUGAGAAUGGCCUUAGGAGUGUGGGCUGCAAAGUACCCUUCCAGAAACAGAGCAGGCUCCUGUAUCACCCAGGAACAACGGACAAGUUUGCUGUAGGCCUAGUGUUGUCUCUUCUGUAAAGUGUUGCGCACUACUUAUUACCAGAAUGUACUGUCAUCGGUCCUUUCACAAAACUGAUGUGUCCAACUAAUCCAAAACACCCACUGAUACUUUGUUAAGCAUCUGUAGUUACCAGGCAAAAAGAAGCCAAUGAUUUGAAAUGCUUUUCCGAACAGACCUCUUAACUGUUUUAACUCUGCACAGGAUCCCAUUGCAUGUCAGCGGGGCAUUUAUGCUUAAGGUUUGGGGGUUUUUUCCUUCAAAACCAAAAUACAACACUGUUCUUGGUGGUGGAGGGUACAAAAACGGUUUUUCCUCAGUAUUUGUGUCACAGUUACUGACUCUGUGAUUUCAUAUGAAAUGCAGGCUUGGCAGUUACAUUUACUGUCUAGGAUAAAAGCACACCUCGAUAUUAAGGUAUGUGUAGGGCCUUCUGAAGUCAUAACGGUUUUUUUACAUGUCAAGUGGAAACUUGUUUUUAAAACUAUUUUUUUCCCCAAUUAAAAGAAUAUUCUCAUUGAGAAGUAUUUCCAUUAGAGCUACAUAGUGAAACGUAUUUAAAAAAUGUAUUGUUGUCUUCUAAAUAGAGGCAUUGGUUUUUGCA